AUGGAUCAAGUUGAAGUAUAUAUAUAUGAUUUAUCUCAUGGCUUAGCCAGAGUUUAUUCACCUAUGAUAUUAGGCACUUCAAUAGAUGCAAUAUAUCAUACCUCAACAAUUAUAAGAGGAAAAGAAAUUUAUAUAGAUCAUGGUAUUAAAAUAACAAAUGUUCAAAAUUUUCAUUCAAAAUAUGGACAACCAGUUGAAAAGUUAACAAUAGGUACAACUGAGAUAGAUGAUGAACUAUUAUUAUUAUUUAUAGAAGAACUUAAAAACCAUGAAGAUCAAAAAUAUCAUGCAAUAAAUUAUGAUUUAUUCAAUAAUAAUUGUAAUCAUUUUACCAAUGUAUUAAUUGAAUUUUUAUGUGGUAAGACAUUAGAUGAUAGAAUAUUGAAAUUACCAGAUAUAGUAUUACAAACAGAACAAGGUAGAAUGUUACAACAAUUAAUCGGUAAUCAACAGUUAAGAUGA